UCGCGUCGCAUCGCUCAAGAACCAUAGCUAGCUCCACCGCCACCACCUUUUGCUACCACUGCCCCGCUUGCCCAUGGUGUCGCGGCCGGGGUCGAAGAGGACGACCAAGGAGGAUGACGAGGAGGAGGAGGAGUUCGAGGUGGACGUGGUGCCGGACCGGCUCGAGUCGUCCCGCCAGAGCCGCCUCGCGCUCUUCGGCUCCGAGCUCCGCCUCGACCGCUUCCGCCCGCGCCGCCGCCGCCGCCGCAUCCCCGCCGUCGACGGCGAGGGCGGCUUCUUCCACGACCUCAUCAUCCUCCCCGACAACAAGUUAUAUAUGUUAUGGACAAAGUUCAUACUGGUUUGGGCAGUGUACAGUUCCUUCUUUACGCCCUUCGAAUUUGGAUUCUUCAGGGGGCUCCCACAGAGACUAUUCAUCUUGGACAUAGUUGGGCAGAUUGCUUUCCUUAUUGAUAUUGUUUUGAAGUUUUUUGUGGCCUACCGCGACCCCGACACAUAUCGCAUCGUAUGCAAUCCAACCUCUAUUGCCCUCCGAUAUUGCAAAUCAAGUUUCAUUUUUGAUCUCCUUGGUUGCUUCCCAUGGGAUAUUAUCUAUAAGGCUUGUGGCAGUAAAGAGGAAGUAAGAUACCUAUUAUGGAUUCGCUUAACAAGAUCUCUUAAGGUUGUAGAGUUCUUUCGGGAUUUAGAAAAGGACAUCCGUGUGAAUUACCUGUUCACGAGGAUAGUGAAACUCAUAGUCGUGGAGCUCUACUGUACACACACAGCAGCCUGUAUCUUCUAUUACCUGGCCACAACGCUACCUGAAUCAAUGGAAGGAUAUACAUGGAUAGGGAGUUUGAAGUUAGGAGAGUACAGCUAUGAGAACUUCAGGGAACUUGAUCUUGUCAAACUUUAUAUGACCUCUCUGUACUUUGCUAUCGUCACCAUGGCAACCGUAGGAUAUGGUGACAUUCAUGCUGUAAAUGUGAGGGAAAUGAUAUUUGUCAUGAUCUAUGUUUCCUUUGAUAUGAUUCUCGGAGCAUACCUUAUCGGUAACAUGACUGCGCUUAUUGUCAAAGGCUCGAGAACAGAGCGAUUUAGGGACAAAAUGAAAGAAGUUAUCAGGUAUAUGAACAGAAACAAACUUGGGAAGGACAUACGAGAACAGAUCAAGGGGCAUUUAAGGUUGCAGUAUGAGAGCAGCUACACUGAAGCUUCUGUACUACAGGACAUCCCUAUUUCUAUUCGGGCAAAGAUUUCUCAAACACUGUACAAGCCAUACAUUGAUAGCACUCCUCUGUUCAAAGGAUGCUCAGCAGAAUUCAUUCAACAGAUUGUGAUCAGACUGCAAGAAGAGUUCUUCCUACCAGGAGAGGUUAUUUUGGAGCAAGGAAGUGCAGUUGAUCAGAUAUACUUUGUCUGCCAUGGUGCACUGGAAGGUGUUGGAAUUGGCGAAGAUGGUCAAGAAGAGACUAUUUUGAUGUUGGAGCCUGAGAGUUCUUUCGGAGAAAUUGCUAUUCUUUGCAAUAUUCCACAGCCCUACAGUGUUCGUGUUUGUGAACUUUGUAGGCUAUUACGUCUUGAUAAACAAUCAUUCACAAAUAUAUUGGAGAUCUAUUUCGUUGACGGAAGAAAAAUUUUGAGCAACCUCACAGAGAACAAUGAAUACGGUGGGCGAGUCAAACAACUAGAAUCAGAUAUCACAUUCCAUAUAGGGAAGCAAGAGGCAGAGCUGACAUUAAGAGUAAAUAGUGCUGCCUUCUACGGGGACCUUCAUCAGCUGAAGGGUUUAAUACGAGCAGGAGCCGAUCCAAAAAACACCGACUAUGAUGGACGAUCUCCUUUGCAUCUAGCAGCUUCUAAAGGGUAUGAAGAUGUUGCGCAGUUCCUAAUCCAUGAAGGCGCUGAUAUUGAUCUUAUCGAUAAAUUUGGAAACACGCCGUUGCUGGAGGCAGUGAAGCAGGGUCAUGACCGGGUGGCUACAUUGCUCUUUUGCAAAGGAGCUAAGCUAAACCUUGAGAAUAGCGGCAGCCAUCUCUGCAUGGCAGUAUCAAAGGGGGACUCUGAUUUCGUUCGGAGGGCCCUAGCUUAUGGCGCUGAUCCAGACUCAAAAGACUAUGACCACCGCACUCCUCUCCACAUAGCCGCCGCAGAGGGCUUGUACAUGAUGGCGAAGUUGCUGGUAGACGCAGGGGCAAGCGUGUUCACAACUGACAGAUGGGGCACUACUCCACUAGACGAAGGGCGUAAAUCGGGUAGUAAGCCACUUAUGAUGUUGUUGGAACAAGCGAAAGCGAGGGAGCUAUCCAAGUUUCCCGCACGUGGUGAAGAAGUGAGAGAUAAAAUGCACCCGAGGAGAUGCUCCGUGUUCCCUAACCAUCCGUGGGACACUGAUGCUAAGCGUAAAGAGGGAGUGGCGUUGUGGAUUCCCCACACGAUUGAUGGACUCAUCAGGUCAGCUCAGGAGAAGCUGAGCUUGUCCAGCUCAUUUCUGCGCUUGCUCGGCGAGGAUGGCGCGAGGGUGCAUGAUGUCGACAUGGUCCAUGAUGGCCAGAAGUUGUAUCUGGUCGGAGGCGAUGGCGAGGGACAAAGCAAGUAGAGUAGGUGCGCUGUGGAGCAAAAUAAGAAAAUGAUCUUCCGACAGAAUUAUGCUGUUAUCUGUUCCCGCCAAAUAUUUGUGUAGGAUUAGUUUCCUCAGAUUUGCAUGCUUUCAGGCUUGCUGGUCUUUAUGUACCACUGUAGAUACGAAUUAGCUGUUUCUUGAAUAUGUAUAGAUUAAUCAUAAGCGAUGGGAACGGAUGUAAAUGGAAAUGUAAAAUGCAGAUCUGGACAUACUUACUCCCUUCAGAAGUUGAGCUAGGAAUAAGAUGCAUGGUCCACGGCAAAGGAAAAUAAGAAGAACAAUCAUGUUGUUCCAGAUAA